CAUAUUGAACUCCAGCAGAAAAACUGCAGGGGGAAGAGAGGAAACGUAGUUCACCGUGCUGCCUUCCACUUCCCCGUAGCCUAGCAACUGUUUCCAAGGCAACCACGCCGUCAACAACGCUAAGCAACACUGCGAGAAUUAGAAGGGCUGUUUUCUUCUCAAGAGAGAGCUGCUAAGAAGAGGUCAAAGGGGAGUUAGGUGAAAGAGAGAAACCUUAGUUCUGUGAGAAGACAAAAGUAGGAAAGGAAAGGGUAACAGUGAAGAAAGAGAGAGAGAGAUUGGUAUAGUGAGAAAAAAUAUUUUUAAGCAGUCAUUUUGGUGGCCAUGGAUACAACUUGCUUUUCUGAAAGCAUUUAUAACCUCAUACCCAUUGACUGGAAGGAGCCUCCCCAGCCUCCUAGGUACAGUUCCAUUUUUAAGACAUCUGUAAUAGAGGACAUGCAAAAACAUAAAACUGCAAUGAAGACUAUGGGACCACCAAAAGUUGAAGUACCUUCUCCGAAGGAUUUCCUGAAGAAACAUUCAAAGGAAAAAACUCUACCACCUCAAAAAAAGUUUGAUCGGAAUGAGCCCAAAAAGCCUCCCGUGCCCCUGAGGACUGAGCAUCCAGUUAUGGGAAUACAGAGUGAAAAAAAUUUUAUAAAUACAAAUGCAGCCGAUGUCAUCAUGGGAGUGGCUAAAAAGCCUAAGCCAAUUUAUGUUGACAAAAGGACUGGAGACAAGCAUGAUCUUGAAACCUCUGGACUAGUUCCAAAAUACAUCAAUAAAAAGGAUUAUGGCGUCACACCAGAAUAUAUAUGUAAGCGAAAUGAAGAAGUUAAGAAAGCCCAAGAAGAAUAUGAUAAUUAUAUCCAGGAAAACCUUAGGAAAGCAGCUAUGAAAAGGCUGUCCGAUGAAGAAAGAGAGGCCGUUCUGCAGCAGUCUCCUUUGUGCCUAACUUGGUGCCACAGUAUAAACACGGACGCUAAAUAUUGGUGUGCUGGAAAGAAGAAAGGAAGAAGGUAGGCAAGAAGGCUAGCGGACAUGGAGGUGGGACUUUGGAUGUCAUUUUCAGAGUACUGGUUUUUGGUCCAUUCUCUCUCUCCCUUUCUCUCUUGCUCUUUCUCCUUCUUGCACUCCACCUCUCUGAAUCUACCAUUUAUAGAAAGUACAUGCUUGUGUGAAAGCCAGGUUUUUAUAUCUAACCAAUGCUGAAAAAAAAGAACACAAAACCACCAGUGGAUAGAUCAUCCAGACAGAAAAUCAAUAAGGAAACCUCAGCCUUAAACAACACCUUAGACCAGACGCACAGAGAGAUACAGAACAUUCCAUCCAAAAACAGAAUACACAUUCUUCUCAAGUGUUCUUGAGAACGUUCUCCAGGAUAGAUCGUAUGUUAAGCCACAAAACAAGUCUCAAUAAAUUUAAGAAGACUGAAAUCAUAUCAAGCAUCUUUUCCACUUCUAACAGUAUAAAACUAAAAAUCAAAUACAAGAAGAAAACUGGAAAAAUCACAAACAUAUGGAGAUUAAACAAUAUGCUAAUGAACAACUAAUGGUUCAAUGAAGAAAUCAAAGGAGAAUUCAAAAAAUACUUUGGGG